AUGCACAGAGCUAUAAAAUUUUGUACGGGCAGCAGUUAUGUUGGCAUAUACAAUAACCCCAUGAAUUGCAUGGACGGUUAUGGAUUCUACGUUUAUCCAGAUGGCAGUGAGUAUCAGGGUCAUUUUCGGCGUGGUCGCUUUCAUGGUGUCGGCCGUAUUAAAAUGGCACCACCAUAUUCAUUCACAUUUAUUGGCAAAUUCGAGAAUGGCGAAAUGACCGUUAUCAAUGAAAUGAUCUACCCGGACGGUCUGACGUUUAACGCUGACUUCAAAUCAGGAAAGAUCGACACCACAAAUUGGAAUUAUCUGAGUAAAGCCGAUCGUCGAUAUAAACAAGAACUUGCCAUGGGCCUCCCAGCAGUUACGCCGCACGAACCGCUUACACGCUACAAUGCACGAACACUUGAGCCGAAUACCUAUGAUACGGAAGAGGGUAUUUUCAUCGAAAAGAGUCGCUUCAUAACUCAAAUUCCAGCUCCUUUUCUACACCAACGCUUUGUCAGCUGUGACAAGGAGCUUGAUUGGAUACGCAAAUGUUGUCGUCAUGCGGAAGGCGCUGGACCGAACGAGCCAGACGAACCAGAUGCUCGUCGUAUAAUUGAAGCCAAUAUAAAAGCAUCAACGGAAUUAGGCGAAAAUCUGCACACUUGCACAUGCAAUUUACCUACGCCUUUGCAAAAGUUUUGCCGACGAGUUUUACGCAAGGACAUUGACGAAACCUCAAAAACUUCAGAAUAUUCGAAAGACUGCAAGGACGAGCUCUCUUCACCGAACUAA